AUGGCUUCCGAAUCGAGAUUAUAUACCUUCUCCGGCGAAACAAAGGACCAUUUGCGCAAGUUUCGACUGAGCACAUCAAGAGCCAAGGAUCCCCAGGCUGUUAUCUACAUGAUUGAUAAAAAUACCCAUGAGAUCCGACAAGCCCUUGACGAUUACGACGAAGCCCGAGUGUACAAGUCUCUCGAUGAGAUUGGCGAGGAUUUGCCUGACCACACACCGCGGUUUGUUCUUUUGAGCUACCCUCUGACAACGUCCGACGGACGGCUCUCAGUACCAUAUGUGCUGUUGUACUAUCUUCCCAUAACCUGCAACGCCGAAAUGAGAAUGCUGUACGCCGGCGCAAAGGAGUUGAUGCGAAGCACAGCCGAGGCGGGCGGUGUCAUUGAUGUUGAGUCGGUGGAAGACCUCGAAGAAAUCCCUGAAAAGUUGGCGAACAAAUAA